AUGGCAUCAUCCCAGCUACAGCUACCAGAAGUCUUUGAGAUAUCUAAUUCUCCUAUGAGCAUCCUGGAGAUGACCAAAGAGUCGUUAACUGAAGUCCCACAAUGUUACGUCCGUAGUUACGAAGAACCCGAACUUUCAUCUGAUCUCUCUGAUAAGCUUACGGAAAUCCCAACCAUCGAUAUGAUAAAAUUAGCAACUGGAUCAGAAGCUUCAGAUUCUGAACUGGAAAAUCUGCACUCAUCUUGCGAAGAGUGGGGAAUCUUUCAGUUGGUGAACCAUGGAGUUCGCCCUAUACUUUUGGAGAAGCUGAAUUACGAGGUUGAAGAAUUCUUUAAGCUUCCCUUGGAAGAGAAAAUGAAGUAUCAGGUAAGGCCUGGUGACGUCGAAGGCUAUGGAUCCAUAGUUCAAAAUAAAGAUCAAAAACGUGACUGGGGUAAUAGAUUCUACAUGACCAUGAACCCUAUUCAUAGGCGAAAGCCAUACCUCUUUCCAGAGCUCCCUUCAUCCCUCAGGACUACGUUCGAGUCAUACUACUUGGAACUGAAGCAACUCGCCUUAGAACUUCUUCGGUUUCUGGGGAAAGCUGUGAAGAUAGACACAGAAGAGAUUGAGGAGUUAUUUGAAGAUGGGAUGCAGUCAGCGAGGAUCAAUUACUAUCCUGCAUGCCCACAACCAGAGCUGGUCAUCGGCCUUACGCCUCACUCGGACGCUUCCGGGAUCACCAUCCUCCACCAGCUUAACGGUGUGGGUGGUCUGCAGAUUAAGAAAGAUGGGGUUUGGGUCCCUGUCAAUUUCUUUGAAAGUGCCUUUGUGGUUAAUGCAGGGGACAUCUUUGAGAUCCUGAGCAACGGGAAGUACAAGAGCACGGAGCAUAGAGUUAUGGUGAACUCUGAGCAAGAGAGGAUCUCAAUCGCUAUGUUCUUCAACCCCAAAUUCGAGGCAGAAAUUGGACCAUCGAAUAGCUUGAUAACCCCUGAAAACCCACCACUGUUCAAAAGAAUUGAGAUGGAACAGUACGUUGAAGAUUUCUACAACCGCCGUAAGCUCGACGGAAAAUCAUACUUGGAGCAAAUGAAACUCCAUAAUGGGAACUGAGUAAUACUACCACUACAUGAUUAGUUCCACGAAAUAUCUACAAUGGAUUCAUAUAUAUAGUUUGCUCUACUCUUUUGAAAUAAUGCGUUUUUAAUUUAUUAUCAACGCUGGUUUGUAAACUUAUCAGUCUUAUUGUCUAAUUAUAUGCGGUAUUGUUAUUCUCUCAAGUCUCA